CCAACCGCAAAGCAGAAGAUCUGGCGUUCACCAUGGUGUUGUUUCGGUUUCGUUGGGCAGUUCUCGUCUGCUCGCUUUGGUCGGGGGCAGAAUCCUUUGCCCCUGCAACCCAGUGCUCCACGCGUGGGMUUUCGCCUAUGGACAGAGCUGCCGGGCAUCCGCAGAAGAGCGCCGCCGGUUGGACUUCGUUGUUGCGMAUGACUGCUCCGGAAGAAGUCGCAGAAUCCCAGCCACCGAGCGCCGGGUCGAAAUCCUUUGACUAUGCCCUCUUGUUCGAUUGCGACGGCGUGAUCCUGGAGACGGAAGAACUGCACCGAAGGGCCUACAACAAGGUGUUUUCGGAGUUUGGCGUCACAAAGGUCUGCGGGUCGGUCCGGGAACCCGUGGAGUGGUCGGUAGGAUACUACGACAUCCUACAGAACUCGAUCGGCGGGGGCAAACCAAAAAUGCGCCAAUACUUUUCGCAGGCGCUGCGGUUCGAGUCGAACGAACACGGCGAUCCCACGGUGUUGGAGGUGGCAAAGCCCUUCCUCGAAGAAGAACCCAAAGCCAGACCUGCCACCCCCAGUGACUCCCGCGAAGGCGAAUCCAAAAAGAAAAAGGGCCGGAAGACCCGCAGCGAGCGAGAGAGAGGGGCCUCCAAGCCGUCUCCGCUCGAAGCCGAUGCCACCGAAGCAGACCACACCACCAUCGAUGCGGCAGGGGUGUCCACCACCCUCGAACUCCUCAUCGACGCCCUCCAGGACCGCAAGACKGAGCUCUACAAGCAAACCGUCGCGGAAAGCGCAACGGCACGGCCGGGCCUCCUGGACCUGAUGGACGCGGCCCUGGCCGAUCCGACCAUCGGGGUCGGCGUUUGCUCUGCCUCCACGAAGGAAGCCGCACAGAAGGUGCUGGAGUGCACCCUGGGUCCGGAACGGGUCGAAGGCCUGGACGUUUGCAUCCUGGGCGACGACGUCUCGGAGAAGAAGCCCUCCCCGAUGAUCUACAACGUCGCCCGGGAGAAACUCGGCGUGGCUUCCCCGAGCAACUGCGUCGUGGUGGAAGACUCGAUGGUCGGCCUCCGGGCCGCCAAGGCCGCAUCGAUGCGGUGCCUCGUGACCUACACGGAAUCCACCGCAUCGGAGGAUUUUUACGCGGUGGGUGCGGACGCCAAGGUCCCCGACCUGGCCAACAAYGGGAAUCCCGUGACCCUUGCGGCGAUUUUCGCGCCGCUCCAGAGCGCAGGUGAUGGUUCGGAGGCCCUCCCCGAGCUCCUGGUGGGCCUCAAGGACGAGCUGCCGCUCGGCGAGGACGAGAGCGAGGACGGUGCGGGCGGGGAAGACGUUUCCGUGGACGACCGCUUUGUCGUCUUUGAGGACAACGUUGCUACCGCAGUGGCUCCGGAACCCAUCCUUCUGGUCCAAGAGACACCAACCAUCGAGGCCGAGGUGGAGGCCGAAACCGAAGUGGAAGCAGAGAUUGAGGAUGAGGUUGCUGCCGAAGCCGAAGUAGACGCAGAGAUUGAGGRUGCAGUUGCUGCUGAUGCCGAUGUAGAAGCAGAGGUGGGGAAGGCUGAAGUAGAAACAGAGAUUGAGGAUGAAAUUGCUGCCGAAGCCGAAGUGGAAGCAGAGGUUGAAAUUGCUGCCGAUGCCGAAGUAGAAGCAGAGAUUGAGGAUGAANCAGAGAUUGAGGAUGAAAUUGCUGCCGAAGCCGAAGUGGAAGCAGAGGUUGAAAUUGCUGCCGAUGCCGAAGUAGAAGCAGAGAUUGAGGAUGAAAUUGCUGCCGAAGCCGAAGUGGAAGCCGAGGUCGAGACCGAAAUUGCUGCCGAAGCCGAACCGGAAACCGAGGCUCCGGUUGCUGCGAUUAGCGAGGACGCAAACGAGGCCGAGGACCUUUCUACCCCGCAUCCGGAACCCUCCGUUCCGGACGCGGAAACGGCUGCCCCACCACCACCCCUUGGAGACACCUCGGCGGUGGCCGGGAACACCGAGAGAGCGGUCGUUCGGAAAGCAAACUGGUCGCGGGACGACAUGGGGAAUUUUUCCUUGUGAUCCACACACGAACGGGGCAAAAGGGAAACCAACCGACCAACCACCAACCCACAAACAAAAACAACGAUGCAGA